GUCGCGACCACCGUUUUAUAUAUUGUACAAUUCACAAAUAAUGUGAAACCCUUUAAAACGUUUGGUCGUCAACCUUGCAAGACAGUCGUUGGUGAUGUCCAGGUUCCGUAAGAGUAAGAAACAGCGUCAAGAACGACCCGUGUCAAAUUCGCACCCACAACAGUCAUCGGGUGGUCGUCUAUGUCAUUGGUACGAUCAUAAACGUUGUCCGCCAUUCGUAACUGUCGAUCAGCUACACAAAUAUCGGCGUAAAGGACUUGGGUUCGAUCAACUGCCGCUAGCACCUCCAUUUGGACAGUCGGACAGUCCCGUCGCGUUUGAUACUGAAUAUAGGUUUCGUUUCGAGGUACCAUAUAAAACACCGGAGGAAAUGAGCGUGAAUAGGCGACAUGCUGCGGUGCCCAAAGAUGAACUACAGAUGGAGGGUGACGCGGAAUUUAGUGCCGAAUAUUCAGAGAAUUUUAAAAACUCGCCUAGGGAAAGGCAAAUAGCCGAAAGACAUGGUAGUCACAUAGGGCCAUUCACGUGUCCCGAUUGUCCAUCUGUUUUAACUUCCGAACAACACGACCAAUAUGUGGCUUAUGCAGAGGGUCGACGUGCCAGCAAUGCUCGACCAUCAACCGGACUCCGAAUGGAGGGAAAUAUGGAAUUAGAUACGGAGCUACGACAUAAUUACGUGCCACAUCCCGAUGGCCAUCCAGCAGAGAACUUACGUCCAAGCACUGGAUUGAAGUUAGAAGAUGGUACUAUGAAGGUGGAGUCGGAACAAGCAGCCAACUACAAAGGAUAUCCUACAACACCUCACCCGUCUACUGAAGUCCAGCCAGAUCACAAUCAGGCCAUCAGCGUGGUACGACCAAAAAAUUCAUGUUGUACUUUUCAACCCAUGGGAAGUCUGCCCGACAAUAGCAUCAAGGAAAUGAUUUAUGUCAGAGACAGUGGCAUGUUACUUCAAUCUGCUCGUCCUGUAUCAAUCUACAGUCCACCAAGAUUUGAACGCUCCCUUCCUGUUACCUUAAAAAAGCCGGUAUAUCGUUUGGAAGUAGUUGACUGCAGUAGAGAUGGAGGUGGUAUGUUGAAAAAAGAUGCGACAAAUUUAUCGAAAACGUUUCCAAUAGCUCUUUCUCCAGUAGAAGAAGCAUUUGUAGUACUCGAAAGACCGACAGGAUCUAUAGGAACUGGUGGAAAUCGUUGGGUAAAACGGAGACAACGGAAAAUGAGGACUGUACGAUUUUUCGAUGAACAACGACCAGUUUUCGCUGAAGGAAAAACUGUACAAUAAUUACAAGCCACCUCCAAAAAUUGCUAAUUAAAUGAAACAGAGAUGUACUUAAGGGAGUGCUCGAGAAGGGAAAAAGUAAAUUUUAGACAUUUUCAUGACUGAACUAAGAGAAGUAAUAUUCAUGUCACAAUACGUAUAAACGAAGUAAUACGCACAAAUCUAUAGCAAAUAUAAUCAUAGAUAAUUUGUUUUUAAUGAAAAACUGUAAACGAUAAAAUAUACUUAUAAAAUAAAAUGUUUUAAAUUAUAUCUAUAGAAUAUUUCAAUAUUCACAGUUAUACAGGAUGAUUCAUUAAGUAUAAGUCAAUUAUUUUCUUGAGAAAUAUCGAAAAUGUUUAAAUUUCUUAACGUUAAACAUUGUUUCAUUCAAAGAAUUUUAUAUUUAUAUGCAG